GAGCGAUCUGCAGCUGUUAUAUCAGAUGAGGGUCAUGCAUUGCAUGCUCAUCGGUCAUGUCAACCCAUUGUAGUUAAUCACGAUGUAUCUUGCCAAUAUUCUGCCCUGGGUCCUUCUGCCGUUAGCGGCCAUUGCAGACGGCACUACCGGACAGUCUCAUCGCCGAACAUGUAUUGUCAAGGCAGAAGGUUCUGAAUCCAUCGAUGAUACCCCUGCUAUCCUCGAAGCCUUCCAUACAUGUGGGAAAGGGGGCAGGAUCGUCUUUCAGAAUACCACAUACCAUGUAAACAGUGUGAUGAACACAAGCGGACUGCACAAUUGCGACAUUGACCUUUAUGGCACACUUUUGUGGGGAACGAACAUCUCGUACUGGCUCUCACACUCAUUGGACGUGGGCUAUCAGAACCAGUCCACCGCAUGGGUUAUUGGAGGGAAGAACAUCCGGUUCAACGGCCACGGAUACGGCACAUUGAACGGCAACGGACAGGUGUGGUAUGACUAUGUCAAGAGUGUGUCGAACUAUCCUCGCAGGCCACACGCCCUGACCGUCGCGCGGGCAUCGAACUCGGUCUUUCAGGGGCUAAGGUUCCUGCAAAGUCAGAUGUGGACCUUAUCUGUGAUUCACUCGAAUCAUAUCCUCUUCGACUCGGUCUAUGUGAACAGCACUACCACCAACGGCAAUUCGGCUCCUAACUGGAAAGACAAUACCGACGGAGCCGACACCAUCUACAGUUCGCACAUCACCUUUAACAACUGGACGGUCGUCAACGGCGACGACAGCAUCAGCACCAAGGCCAACUCCACCGACAUUCUCAUCACCAACUCGGUCUUCUACCGGGGCCUUGGCAUCGCCAUAGGCAGUAUUGGCCAGUACAAGGACGUCUUCGAGACCAUUGAGCGCGUCCGAGCGGAAAACAUCACGUAUUACGGCACGCUGCACAGCCUGUACUUCAAGACCUGGACGGGCGAGCAGGUCAAUUACCCGCCUAAUGGUGGAGGCGGCGGCCUUGGCUGUAAUCACCCUUCCCCUUCCCCUUUUCUUGAAUGUUCGGGCCUGUUACUGACCAACGCCGUUACAAUAGAUGCCUCAGAUAUAUCCGCCUCGAACCUCCAUGCCUACAAUCUGCGCGGCGCCCCCUUUACCAUCUCUCAGUGCACGACCUUUGCAAGGGCGCCGAGCAAUUGCACCUCGUCCAAGUUCCAGAUCCGGGAUUUGCGCAUUGAGGAUGUCACGGGGUCGUCCGCGACGGACGUGGUGGCCAGCUUCCAGUGUAGUGCCGUCAAGCCGUGCACGGAUAUCCAGAUUCAGAAUGUGAACUUGCAGCUGUCGAAUGGGACGAUGGCGGAUGAGUAUCUGUGUGGUAAUGUCCAGGGAACUCGGGGGUUUAAUUGCACGGGGAAGGCGUGUGAGAAACCGAGUGCUACGGGAGGGUGUUAA